AGCUUAAACCCCUCGUCGUCGCCUCCUCUCUCUCUCUCUCUCUCUCUCUCUUUAUCGCGGCGUUAAUGGCGUCGACUCCCGCAAAGAAGUCGAAGAAGGAGAAGAAGCGGCGACGUAAGAGCGACGAAGAAGGAGAAGAAGAAGCGAAAACCCUAACCCUAGACGGCCUCAAAACCCUAGCCCACGAGCUCCUCUCCUCCCUCGCCCACGUCAACAACCUCCCCCGCCUCCUCUCCUUCCUCUCCCCCUCCUCCCCUCUCGAAUUCGCCCUCGAAUCUCUCAUCUCCGUCCAAUCCUUCUUCGUCCCUCUCCUUCCGGAGAUCCCGGCCGCGUCUUCUUCGUCUUCGUCUCGAUCAAAAUUGGAAGAUGAGGAUCCGAAAACUGUGUUUGGAUUGUGGCUUAAACAGAGGUUUGAUGAGUUUAUUAAUGCUCUCAUCCGGUUAGCGGUCUCGCCGCACCCCUCGGAAGCACUUAGGGAUGUUGCAUUGGAUGCAAUUAUGGAUUUUGUGAAGCUCAGAAAGGGUGGGAGGUUUCAGUCUGCUAUUUACCAUAGGUUUCUUCAAAGCAUUAUUCACGCUGCAUCUUCUGUUGAUCCUUUGGUAGACUUGCUUGUAUCGAAAUAUUUCAAGUACACAGAUGUUCGUUAUUUCACCUACACAAGCAUGGACAAGAUUGCCAGAAAUUUCGAGACAACAAAACUUAGUCAUUCUGGGAAAAGGGAUUCAGAUAAUAAUGAUAUACCAGAAUCAAGUGAGGAGAUUGCCAUUCACAACAUGUACUAUGUUUUGUCACAUCUUCCUUCUUUAGAACUUGAUAAAGAAGCAAGUUACGAGAUGUGGUGUGAAUUCGGUAUUUCAUCCAAAAAAGGAAAAGAAAGAGUUUCUUCCAAGAUUAGUUCUACUGACGGAAAGGCCACAAACAUAAAUAGUGAUCUCUCUUCUACGAGUCACGUCACCAAAAAGCUGAAGUCCAAAUUUACUAAAGCAUGGUUAUCCUUCCUUAAGCUACCACUUCCUCUUGAUGUAUACAAGGAGGUUCUUGCAACUCUCCAUCAAAAUGUGAUUCCUAGUAUGGCGAAUCCUGCUAUAUUAAGUGAUUUUUUAACCAGAUCAUAUGAUAUUGGUGGUGUUGUUAGUGUAAUGGCCCUCAGUGGUCUUUUCAUUCUUAUGACACAACACGGUUUGGAGUAUCCGAAAUUCUACGAAAAGCUCUAUGCAUUACUAACACCGUCAGUUUUCAUGGCAAAACAUCGGGCAGUGUUUUUCCAACUCUUGGACAUGUGCUUGAAAUCAACAUAUAUCUCAGCAUCUCUUGCUGCUGCGUUUGCUAAGAAAUUAAGUAGAUUGGCUCUCUCAGUACCGCCAUCAGGAGAGUUGAUCAUUAUUUCUGUGAUUCACAAUCUAUUGCGGCGGCACCCCUCAAUAAAUUUUUUAGUUCAUUGGGAUGGUGAGGAAGCUAAUGCUGAUGCUUCUGUGAAGGGAGACCAACCUAAUGAAAAUGAAAGAGUUUCUGAUGCUGCACCUCUAAUGCACAAUAAGGAGCAAGGUGUUGAUCUGUUUAACAGUGAAGCGACGGACCCUGUUAAAUCUAAAGCUAUGAGAAGCUCUUUAUGGGAAAUCGAUACUCUGCGCCAUCAUUAUUCGCCUGCUGUCUCGAGAUUUGUUGCUUCGCUUGAGAACGAUCUCACUGUUAGGGCUAAAACUACAGAAGUUGCAGUAGCUGAUUUCAGUUCUGGAUCGUAUGCCACAGUUUUUAGAGAUGAGAUCCGACGGCGAAUAAAACAGGUUCCUCUUGCAUUCUACAGAGCCACGCCAACCUCCUUAUUCUCGGAAUCAGACUUCCCCGGAUGGACUUUUGUGGAUCAAAAUGCUGACAAAAAUGAAUCUAAAAUUCAGGAAAAUGGGACUCUAAAUACGGUCGAGAGCGAGAAUCGCGAGCUUUUGAAGAGACGACGGGUUGAAACCUGCUGAGCUGGAGCUUUCAUAGCUUUGAACUGAGUGUAAAAGAAGCGGAAUUUAUGAAUGUACUUGAAAUGUAUUUUUUAUAUUCCUUAUUACGCAAUUUUGAUGCUCAAUAUGGAAAGCUUUGAAGUGAGCUUUCCACGCUUUGAUCCGAGUGUAACAGAGGCAUUUACGAAUGGAUAUUAUUAUUAUUAUUUUUAUUCAUUUUGAUUUAAAUUUUGGUUGAAAAAAAUAAUAGGAAGAUGUAAAUUGUUGGUUAUGUAUCAGUUUUGAUGCCUCAUUAUGGCAAACAGGAAGGGCACAUUAUUAUUAUGGAAAA